AACCUGAAAUCCUCGCAAAGACCAUAGAGGAACUUGACAUGGUGGUUGGCAAAGAUAGGCUUGUGUAAGAAUCUGAUAUCCCCAACCUUAAUUACGUCAAAGCCUGCGCAAGAGAGGCCUUUAGGCUCCAUCCCGUUGCACGCUUCAAUGUCCCUCAUGUGGCUAUGGAAGACACAGUUAUUGGUGAUUACUUUAUUCCAAAGGGUAGCUGGGCCAUUCUUAGCCCCAACGGGCUUGGCAGGAACCCAAAGACACGGCCUGAUCCACUCAAGUACGACGCGGAAAGGCAUUUGAUUGAGGGAGAGGUGAUGCUAACUGAGCAUGACUUAAGGUUCGUAACUUUCAGCACUGGAAGGCGUGGAUGCGUAGCAGCUUUGCUUGGAAGUGCCAUGAUUACGAUGUUGCUAGCCAGAAUGCUUCAGUGCUUUACUUGGACUCCACCAGCGAAUGUUACCAAGAUUGAUCUCACUGAGACCCUCGAUGAGCUUACUCCUACUACACCCAUCUCUGCAUUUGCUACACCCCGUUUGGCUACUCAUCUCUACCCUACUUCACCUUGAAAGAGAGGGAUGAAUCUGAGUUCUUAGA